AUGGAAGAUCAUUACCGCUCAUUACGAAUUCAUUACGGUGGUGAUUAGGGUUGUGAUUAGAGUGAUUGGAAGCUAAUCAUUCAAUUAGAUAUUUUUAAGAAAAAAUUAAGAUGAAAAGAAAAAGACCAGAGGAAGGACAAAACAUUCUUAUUCAAUUUUGGAACUGUCAGCUACUUAAAGAUCACAAGAUAAUAAAAGAUGAUCUUUGGGUACGAGAUGGUUGCAUUCUAGACCCUCAUGCCCUCUUUUUUGAUGAAAAUGUUGCUGCUGAUGUUAAGGUUGAUUGCAAAGGAUUGUUGAUUGCCCCAGGAUAUAUUGAUGUUCAGAUUAAUGGUGGGUUUGGUGUAGAUUUUUCAUCAGAUAUAGAAAGCAUAGAGACAGGCAUAAAAUCAGUGUGUAAUAAAUUACUUCAGUAUGGUGUCACAUCAUUCUGUCCAACUAUUGUUACUUCUUCCAAGGAAACAUACCAUCAGCUUCUUCCUAGAAUUUCAAAAAUCUCAAAAAACACACAUGCAGGUGCAACAAUUCUCGGUUUACAUUUAGAAGGUCCUUUUAUCAGCAAAGAAAAAAAAGGAGCGCACAAAGAAGUGUUUAUUGAAGCCCUUGGUCCUCAAGGAAUAAACAAAAUGAAUGAGCAUUAUGGUAGUUUAGAUUCUGUCAGAAUUGUAACUCUUGCACCUGAGCAACCAUAUGCUAUGGAGGCGAUUAAAGAUUUAUCCAAGAAAGGGAUUGCUGUAUCUAUAGGUCAUACCUUAGCUAGUUUGGAUACCGCAGAAGAAGCCGCCAGAUGUGGAGCGAGGUUUAUUACACAUUUAUUUAAUGCAAUGUUACCGUUUCACCACCGUGACCCCGGUAUUGUUGGUUUAUUGACAAGUGAUAAUAUUCCAGAACCGAUUUAUUUUGGUAUUAUUGCUGACGGCAUUCAUACGCACCCAACUGCUUUACGCAUUGCUCACAGAAGUCAUCCAAACGGUUUAGUUCUGGUGUCUGAUGCUAUUGCUGCAUUAGGAUUGCCUUCUGGUAAACAUUGUUUGGGCACAGUUGAAGUGGAGAUACAUGAUAACAUGGCGACUGUAGCAGGAUUAAAAACUUUAGCGGGAAGCAUUGCGUCAUUGGAUUAUUGUGUCCGUCAGUUCAAAAAGUUUGCAGGUUGCAGUUGUGUCGAAGCUUUGGAGGCCGCUUCUUUACAUCCAGCGCAACUUCUCAAAAUAUCAGAUCACAAAGGAACAUUAAAUUACGGGGCAGAUGCCGAUAUUAUAAUUUUAAACGAUGACUUAGAAAUACAAGCAACUUUAAUUGCUGGCAAUUUAGUUUGGCUGAACAAUUCAAGUACAGUUGCCCAAGAAAUAUUCGCAGAUUACGAUCAAAAAAUGACGUGAAGUUUAUUUUUGCACUGCAUGUGUAAGCCUCACUUGCACAGUUACACUCAAUUUAUCGGCACGGCUAAAAUGAGUACCUGUACGGCUGUACUGGGCCAACUGGUAACCAAGCUGAAUGCUAAACAAAAUGGGCAUGAUGCAGGUAACAAUUUCAGCCCUGCCAAUCAAUCGAGUGCGACGUAUUCCUUAUUUUCCUGCUGCACAAGACAGCAUUAUUAAAGUAUUUUAUAUUUCAUAAUUAUUUAAUAAUAAUACUACCAAUUAUCCUACUUAUACUGCUUUAUCCUAGAGCAGCUUACUAUCAAAGUUUAUUAUCUGGCUAAAUGUUUGUAGACCAAUUAAAUUACCGCAUUUAGUAAAACCCGAGCCAACGUUCGUAUUAUUUUUAGCAAAAUUUAAAUGAACUGUCAGCAAGGGUCUCGCUGUGGGAGAGAUAAUUUUAAUAAACAAUGCAGAUAUCAAGCUGCUUGUAUUGUUCCAUUUGAAGUUAGCCAGCAUUAACAGAUCCAUUGCAUUCUUGACAUAAAACAUAAAAUAAUUGUAUACCGUAUAUAAUCAUCUUAUAG